UUUGAGAUCUAGCGCAAAUCUGCCAGAUCAUUUAUACAUGUCGAUCUUUUUGAAUUUAAUUUAGAUCUGCAGCGAUGCUUAUAUGGCAACAAUCUAACAGAGAAUGUCCACGGUAGUCACUGAAGCACCUGAUUGCCCCUCCCACACUUUGCACAUUUCACCGGCACCUUUUUAUUUUUGAGACUACCGGCACCUUUAAAAUGCCCAUUUUUUUAAGAACAAUCACUUUCUACCAAAAAACAAAAUUAAAAUGUCCUGGCUGGCUCGCUCGCUUACAAACUCCCUCCGACUCGACGACGACGACGACGAAGAUGAUGACAACGACGUCGUACCAGAUCAUGGGUUUGGCGAUCUAGCACAAUCCUCACCGGCUAAACCCCACCAACCCCACCACCACCAACAACAAGAGCGAGAAGACCUUCACAAUGAAAGUGAAGUGCACGUGGAGGACGAGGAUGAGGAAGAAGAAGAAGAAGCCCAUUCCAGAGGAGUCAAAGAAGACCUUUCCGAAUUCAAACAAACCCUAACCCGCCAAUUUUGGGGCGUUGCGUCAUUCCUAGCACCCCCACCUUCGCAGCCAUCGACGCCCUCCAAUCGAUUGGGUCUCAAUUGCGAUCGAUCCGAGCCGUUUGAUCAAUCCGAUCAGGGAACCAAUAUGUCUUCCAAGGGAGAGGAAGAAGAUGAAUUGGAGUAUUUUAUGGGACGCGCCGUUGGGAUCACUGAGGAGGUUCUGGCCUUCGCGAGAAAUAUCGCGAUGCAUCCAGAGACGUGGUUGGACUUUCCUGGAGAUGAGGAGGAGAACUUGGAUGAUUUUAACAUGUCUGUUGCUCAACAAGACCACGUGUUUGUAAUUGAACAUCUUGCCCCUAGAUUAGCGGCUUUGAGAAUUGAACUAUGCCCCUGCCAUAUGAGUGAGAAUUACUUUUGGAAAGUCUAUUUUGUUCUUUUGCACUCAAGACUCAAUAAACAGGAUGCAGAAACAUUAUCCACCGCCCAGGUAAUGGCUGCUAGAUCAAAGUGGAUGCAGGAGCUACAGAGUCAUUCUACAUCAGACUCUGAAUGGCUUGGAGGAAGCAAAUUGUGUUUAAAAGAAAAUUCUAACACAUUGCAUCAAGAUUUAGUAACUGAUUCAUCCUUUAGUGCUCAUUUUGAAGAUAUGCUGCUUGAACCUUCUGAAUCAACCAUGCCUUCCUGUACAACAUACUUUGAGCCUGAGAAGCACCCAGUUGGAAGUUCCGAGUGGCAAUUUAUUGAUAAGUCUGUAAUUGAAGAAAGAUCCAUUGUUAAGACUCAGGAUAAAAAUUCAAUUGUUGGUCCAUCCUCCAAAAUACUAGUUAAGAACAAUGAUGAUGAUGAUGAUGAUGAUGAUUGGCCAGAGGAAGAUUAUGAAUCGCAUGAGUAUGGUGGAGGUACAAUACAUGUAGUAGAUGAAGAAGACAUAUCUUUCAGUGACCUUGAAGAUGACAAUUUCCACGCACCCAGAAACUUUAAAACUAUAUCAAUGGAACAUGAAACCCCAACCAAAGACCCGUAGAAGACUCUGCUCUCUGAUAUCUGUACUCGUUGGAUAUGGUGCUAAAAGUCAUCUGAUGAAGUCUUGGAGAAAGAACUUGACUGACUUGAGAACCGUCUUACAGUUGGAGCCAGGCCUGCCUUGAUAGUAUUGGCUAAAAAGUAUUUUGUACAUGAUGUAUUAUUAUUUGUUUUUAUAGAGCAAUGAUAUGUUUGAUUGGUUGUGUGAGGCGUGUAAUUACAACAUUUUUAGUGAUUCAGAGAGGGGAAAAGAAAGGCUUUCCCAUCUAAAGAGGGGGAAAAAAAAGAAAAAAAGAAAAAAAAAAAAAAUCUGUGCUGUUAGCAAUGAGAACAAUUUUGCUUUUUCUUGUGCCA